CAUCUUCCACUCAGCAUCCCACAUACACACAGCAUACACACAGUUUUAUACACACACCCUCUCUCCCAGACUCCCCAAUCCAUACGAGCGCGCCUUCUGAUCAGGGCCAGCAGCUUUGGAGCUGAAGGUGUGCAGCUGUUGCCAGUGUGCAUUCAUCUGGUAAGGGAAGACGGUAAGAAACGGAUCAGCUUCAAGAUCCUUGCAACAUCAAGCAGAACUUGUCAGAAGCCUUUCCUGGGAUUUUGAAGAGAACCCAAAGAAACACCGCAAGCUGCCAGCAACUGCCUGGCUGCCCAGCAUCGCCACGAUGACUGAGAGUAGAAGGGAAGCGCUGGCGGCCGCUGCCCCGGAGCUCACCACUGCCUCAUCCUCAACAGCUGGCUCCAACACCACCAGCUUGGCCGGGCCGGGCACAGGGGAGAAGGAUGAAGCCUUCUCCAAGCUGAAGAACAAGUUCAUGAAUGAGCUCAACAGAAUCCCAUUGCCAUCUUGGGCCAUUGUCUCGAUUGCUUUCGUAGCCAUCAUUCUGGUGUUGGCCUGCUGCUUUUGCGUCUGCAAAAAGUGGAUUUUCAAAAAGAAAAACAAAAAGAAGGGGAAAGAUAAGGGCAAAAAUGCCAUCAACAUGAAGGAUGUCAUGGAUGGGGCUAAAACCGAGGCCUUGAAGGAUGAGGAGGAUGCAGAGACAGGGCUGACGGAAACGCAGAAAGAAGCCGAGCCGAAGGAGGAAGAGAAAUUGGGCAAAUUACAAUACUCCCUGGAUUACAAUUUCACUGAGAAUACGCUCAUAGUUGGGAUCAUCCAGGCAGCAGAGCUCCCUGCUAUGGAUAUGGGAGGCACAUCCGACCCUUAUGUUAAGGUCUACCUUCUACCCGACAAGAAGAAGAAAUUCGAGACCAAGGUCCACAGGAAGACCCUAAACCCCGUCUUCAAUGAGCAGUUCACCUUCAAGGUACCCUACGUAGAGCUUGGUGGAAAAACGCUGGUAAUGACGGUCUACGACUUUGACCGCUUCUCCAAGCACGAUGCCAUUGGAGACAUCAAGGUGCCCAUGAACAAAGUGGACUUUAGCCGUGUAACAGAGGAGUGGAGAGAUCUACAGAGCGCUGAGAAGGAGGAGCAAGAGAAGCUUGGCGAUAUUUGCUUCUCUCUGCGAUACGUUCCCACUGCUGGGAAGCUGACGGUGGUCGUCCUCGAGGCCAAAAACCUGAAAAAAAUGGACGUGGGUGGCUUGUCAGAUCCAUACGUGAAGAUCCACCUCAUGCAAAACGGAAAGAGGCUGAAGAAGAAGAAAACGACAAUCAAGAAGAACACCCUCAACCCUUACUACAACGAGUCCUUUAGCUUUGAGGUCCCAUUUGAACAAAUCCAGAAAGUGCAAGUUGUUAUAACUGUUCUGGACUAUGACAAGAUCGGCAAGAACGAUGCCAUUGGUAAGGUGUUCGUGGGCCUGAACAGCACAGGCACGGAGCUGCGCCACUGGUCCGACAUGCUGGCCAACCCUCGGAGACCAAUCGCCCAGUGGCAUGUGCUGAAACCUGAGGAGGAGGUGGACGCUCAGCUCGCCACCAAGAAAUAGGCAGGGCCACUUUCAGCUCCUUGCCUUGUAGUACUCUUUAGCCAGUUUGUGUAAAUACCUCAGUGAUAUAUGGGUCCAUCCAUGUAAGCCCUCCCUUUACCUUCUGAUUACACAAAGUAAAGCGUUCAAACGUCUCGCUUUUUUAAAAUCUUAGGUUCUCAGUUUGUGUUCCCCUUUUAUUUGAUUGAUUUCCUUCUCUGAGCCCUUCACCGCCAUGACCAAAAGCCCCCUUCUUUUAAGCAAUAUGAUCUGUAUAGAUAGCGCAUGACUGAAAGAGUUUAUUGUAUCACAGUUGUAUAUAUAAGUAUGAAGACAAAAAUGAUUUCUAGUUUCUGUGUUUGUAUGUUGUUACCCGUUUCCUAAUCUGUGUAUAUCUCGAUGUUUUUAAUAAGAUGUUCUAUUUUAAAUUAUGUAAAUGCAGAUAUAGAGGAAAGCCAAUAUUAUAUAUCCCAGGAUUUAAAAAUUCUACCUUAUUACUUUAUUGCAUUCCAGAAUAAAACGACAUUCAACUCCAACCUGCGAGUGAGGAAAAUGUUCCGACUGUAAAGGACGGCGUCUGGCUUUAAGUUCAACAAUGUAGGGUAAAAAAAAACAACAGUUGAAUAUAAAAACAAUAUGAGGCCAUUUACUG